UGCUAGGAGGCGCUGUUGGAGCCCGGAAGAGUUGAAAACGAUGAUGAUGGGCAACCCGAGAUUGAGAGGAGAACUAUAAGGUUCAUAAUGCACCCGCACUUUGUUAUUUCCCCUGCGACAAUUGCGCGUGUCUAACACUAGCCGUCGGGAGAAAGGAAAAGGGAUAUCACUUUUUCUUUACCGGGAAGCUGGGUGACAAGGCUACAUGGUGAGUGUUUCCUAUUCAGAGUGUGGAUGUGUGGGUGUUCAGAGAUGGAAAGCUAUGAGGAGUUUUGUCUGCGGAGUUUGGCCAUACUGCAGGAGGAGGGGAAAUUCAAGGAGACGACAUGUGAGCCACUGUGGUCCCUGAAAGCUCGCUCUGUCAUCCGCUUCCAUGGAAGAGCUGUGCUUUCGCCUCUGUUGAGUGCUGAGCAGCGCAGUGAGAUAUGUGACCACAGACAGAGGGCAAUCCAGCUGGAGGUGAACAGGCAGAACCAGCAGAGGAACAACCUUUUGGCCCGGGUUCAGGACAUACUGGAACAGGCUCAGACACAUAAAGUACCAAGUGAAGAGGUUGAGAAGCUGCCAGUUUCUAAAUCUGCAACAGUCAGUGGCUACACCCUGGUCACUGACUCUCCCGGACUUCCCAGAGAACCUGGAUUUGGGCUUCAGACAAAUGAUCAGCCUGCCACUCCAUGCUCUGAGACCCCCAUCCUCAAUAGCUACAAGGCAGUGGAGGAAGUGAUGGUGGAGAGGGAAGAGAAGAGUGAGGAGGAAGAGGAGGAGGAGGACAUUAGUUUGGACAGCCUUCUUAAGAGAUCAAGGGAGUAUGUUAAAAGAGAGCAGAGUCAGCAGGGGUCAAAAGUUGUCCACACAGUCACCAGGACUACCCCGCCUGAGACUGUCUCUGACAAGGAGAAUAAGAGUUGUAGUCCCAUGGGGGACAUAGGCGUUGAGUUUGGAUUCAGUCUGCACCAUAGCCCUAUUGGCCCACCUCAGAACCAAAUCCAGCAUCAACCUCUGUACGACCCCAGUCCCCAACAGUCUGGCAGCCUCUCACCUAGUCUACCUGACCGGUAUGCUCAUCUCCCCAGUCCAGAGUCCAGCAUUAGUCCCCGUCCACAGAGACGCAGACCUCGGCCAGUUUCUACAGGGAACAUCCAUAUUUCAUUUCCCAUCGACCCAGCAGACCUUAUCCCCCGAAGCCCAGGAAGGUCAGGGGAAGGUGCUGGCAUGGAAGAUUGGGGAGGCCAAUUAGGGGCCACAAAGUCCUUCGAUCACUGGGGCUCAGUAGGGAGUGAAGGUGGGGGUGGUGUUAACAGGAGUGGCAAUCGUCGAUCCAGCCACUGUGGUACCAGUCCAGUGCAGGAGACCUGUAGCCCCGUUAGUGCCUCAGGGCCAAGCCCGAAGGGACACCAUGACCAUCUGGCUGCAGGAUUUCGCCGGCGCUGCCACACGCUGGACAGCCAGCUGCAUGCCUACCACUCUGGAAUUGAGCAUAUAGACCGCAGCCAGGAAAGGGUUCCUCGCUUCAUGGCAGGAGUUACACGGUUGGCUCCAAGUUGGCGCACCCCUGCAGCCCCCUUAAACCAGUCAUAUGCGUUAGAUAAUCCCUCACCAUCACUGCUGAGGCCCUGCAUGACUCCUGACUUGGCUCAGGUCACACUCAGGAUGGAACCUGAUGACCCUCAGCAGACAAACAAUGGGAGGAUCACACCAACUGUCCUCAGAAAUGCAGCUGAAGCACAGGCCAGCAAGACGGAGGAGACCCAGAGGAGAGCGCAGACACUGGAGGACAUGCAAAGGCGUCUGGAGGAGGAGCAUGCCUUGCAAAUGUCGCUGCUCCUAGCUGAGCAGGAGAAAGAGCAACAGCGCCUCCGUCUGGAGCUUGAGGAGACAGACAGAAGACUGAAGGAGCAGGGGUGUGUGCGACCAUUGAGUGGGGAUGCUUGUGGGUGGAGUUGUAGGUCUGUGAGUGACAGCUGUCCUGUUGUGAGCCCCUCCUGCCCAGGAUUAAGCCCUGCCCACACACCAUCUGAGCGAUCACCUGGACACAGUAUAGGUUUUCCCAGUCCUGUAAGUUCCAGUGUGUCCUCUCCCUCUGUCCAGCCUCCCGUCUAUCUGUGGGGGCCCACAUGGGCAGUUAGCAAACCUCGAGCAAGGCUAAGUCUGGUUCUGACCGCAGAGCAGCAGAGAGCGUUCUGUCGAAUUGGUGCCAGCAUUCGCGGCUUCCUCACACGCAGACUGCUCAAAACAGAGAAGGUCAAACACCUGCGCCAGACCAUUGUGGAUACACAGGAGUUCAUCCAGUCAUUCCAGAAUGAAGCACCACAGAAGAGAGGCACCUACUCAGCACAAGAUCGCUCCCUGCAGGAGAGAGUUAGAGCCCAGUUACGUGCAGCGCUUUAUGACAUCCAUGACAUCUUCUUUGAAAUGCCUCUGGGGGAGCGAUUAGCAUUGCUGCAGCAGGACAGGGAGCUCCGAGCAGAGAGGAAGCUACGAGACAUGGAAAAAGCCAAGUGCCCCAAGGAGAGAGUGGUUCUGUCUGCUGCCACACAGAGGUCUAUGGACAGGAAAAAGAGGGUUGGUGAAUCCCCUGCACAGGCUAGGAAGAUGCAACAGAAGCCAAAGAGCCCCACUACCAACAGAGUCCUGAAGCCAAGCCAAGGCCAAAAUUCUCCUGUCCCAGGCCAGCUGAACCGCCAGGGGAGCUGGUACAGAAAGACCCCAGAGGAGAGAGUUAGGCGCUCAGACAACCUGAAGAAGCAGCACUCUCUGGGUUAACGGGUAACUCAACACCCCUGACCUGUGAACUUGAAUUUUUUGUCUUUUAAUACAAACCUUACACCACUGAAACUCCAGUCAGCGCUGCUAAUAAUAUGAUUGUCUUUAAUCUACCUUCUGAAAUUCAAAUGAUUGUAUUCACUAUCACACGUUAGCUCAUUGAUAUACACCAUCACAGUGCCACUGUUUUUGACUGUUGUAGCUUGCUGAAAUAGUUUUUAGUGGCAACAACUGAUUGUUAUAGACAAAACUCAUAUGUAGUUUGAUAUUUUGUGUGGAGUAUUUAAUGACUAGGUGGGUACAUUGGGUACAAGAAGGUCAGAGUUAAAGGAAAAUAAGUCAAAAUGUUUUAUCUGUGCCUAUGAACUAUGCCUUUGCUAUCUGUAAUAUUUCAGCAUGCAUAUAUUUACCAGUUGUGCUCAUAAACAUUUAGUGCUUAUAGCUAUAAGUGAAUUUACAAAUAUCAGUUUCACGCUGACAGUCACAUAAUGUAGUUGCCAUGGAAAUAUUUAAGUGCGUAUAAUUCAUUAAUUUGAAGUUUUUUGUUCAAGGGCUUUGAGUACCUGUUUGUGCUUUGUUUCUUUAUUUAAUGGUGCUGAGUUUACAGUACUCUGAGACAUUUCAGUGUGUUUCAACAUUUGACUUAAAUCAAUGCCAAAUGAAUUAAAAAUCUAAAUGUAUUUGUUUACACACUGGCUGGCUGUUACAUUUAUGUAGCUUCACAUAACAGGAGAUUCACAGCAGACAGGUCAGUAAGAGAAUUAAACUAAAUUAUUAAGACCACAUAAAUUGCAUGCCAAAUUCUCUGAACUUUUCCCUUAUUUCCCACUGCCCAUGUCAAGAAUAAGGGGUCAGACUCUGAAUAAAAUAGUAUUUAUGGGAACAUAUUAUCUAACCACAUGUUAAUGAAUUUGUACACCCACUUGUUCACUGCGAUACCACAUUGACUUUAUACUUCUGCGUCAGUAGUGUAGUGUGUUGAUGUUGUUUGCUGACAUGCUGUACUCUCUCUUUUAAAAAAAUGUUUUUUUAUUAUUUAAAAUGCCAACUUGUCAUGUUUUCUAUGACCAGAAUAAAUUCUGAAAUUACUUGAA